AUGAAACCAUCACCACGUUCAGUCGCAAAACUCAUGGCCCCUAAGCCAAAGCCCAUCCCAAAGCCUCCCAGCUCACGGCCUCACCUCUUCAAGAACCGCAUGGCAUUGGGCGCAUACAUUGCCGACCCCGAAUCAUAUCCCGCCUCCGUCGUCAUCUACCACAACGCAGAUUUCGUCGUCAUCCACGACAAGUUCCCCAAAGCCACGGUGCACACGCUGCUGCUGCCGCGGUCGCCCCGGCACAGCCUAUUGCAUCCCUUUGAGGCGCUGAAAGAUGAGGAGUUUCUGGCAAAAGUGAAGAUUGAAGUUGAGAAGCUAAAGGUGCUUGCGGCGGGGGAGCUGCAGAGGCGGUUGGGCGCGUUUAGUCGGGCUGAUGCGGCGAGGGAGGCGGUGCUGAAUGGCGAGACGGAGGUGCUGGAUGAUGAUGGAGGACAAAGAAAGGGGGAGACAACAGCAAAAACAGAAGAUGAGGGAGAAGACAAAGACAGAGACAAAGAUAAGCAGCCAAAACUGCCCUCCGGAAGAGACUGGGCCGCCGAAAUCAAGUGCGGCGUGCACGCGGUCCCCAGCAUGGGCCAUCUGCACAUCCACGUCUUGUCGCGGGACAUGCACUCGCCGGCCAUGAAGCACCGCAAGCACUACAACUCGUUCAACACGCCGUUCCUAGUGGACGUGGCGGAUUUCCCGUUGGAGAGCGACGAUCUCAGGAGGGGGCCUAGAGAGGAAGGCUUUAUGAGGCGGGAUUUGGUGUGCUGGCGGUGCGGGGAGAAUUUUGGGAACCGGUUCAAGGAGUUGAAGGAGCAUUUGGAGAAGGAGUUUGAGGAGUGGAAGAGGGAGUGA